UCUCUCUUUCUUUUCUAUUCUCUAUUUAUCUAUCUAUUUGUUGUUUUUUUUUAAUUAACUCUUUUCUAUUUUGAGGAAAUUCUCCCUCUCCACUUUCUUAUCGUCCUUAUGAACUAACGUGACACGAGAGUUGAUAAACAUGCAACAAUAUUGAAAUACGCACAUGCAGCAGUAACGAUGGAGUGUGGUCUAACAUCAUCGAUGAUAUGUCAAUAAUAACAAUGAUGAUAAUGCUGCUAGCUGUUGAGACCUGAUGAUGAUAAUAGCUGCUGCUGUAAACAAAUUUAUAGCAAAUACGCAUGUAAGAUGCAUUAUUAAACCUUGUCAGACCCCAACGAUCACAUUCUCCAGGGACACACCCACACACACAUACACCUGUUUGCUGAAUGUUGUCCCACCCAUUGAAAAAUAACAACACUGGGGGAAAGGAACGUGAUGACAUGACAUCCAUAUCAAAUCAGUCUUAUCAACAUUUCUCUGGACCAACAACUCAACCGUACUGAUGCAGACCGACUUUGUUGUGAUUGUGACUAGCAAUUGGAUGCCACAUGGAAACUAGAUAUGAGUGAAGUUAUUGACUGAUGAAUAUUGAUAGAUGACUAUGUUGAUUUCAGCACAACCUAAUCAAAUAGGUGUGAAAAUAUGAUGUUGUGAUGUGCAAGCCUUUCCCAAGGGUAUUAAUGGCACAAGUGGCCAGCAAUUAAAACUCAGUUUACUCCUUCUGUUAUAGGGGUUUGCCAUUUUAGACUGUAAAAUAUUAAUUCAGCUUCAAGCAGAUGUCUAACAACUAUGGAUUUGUCCCUUCCUUGGCUAUAAUGGGAAACAAGGUGGACAAGGACCCAGCAUCAGAAGGUAUCAAUGAUGAAUGUUCCAACAACUGUAAGGAGACUUUUGCUGCUACAAAGUCAACUGAUGGAGAUGAAACUCCAACAGCAACUGAAGUCAAAUUAGGGGAGAACACCUUACAACCUGUUGUCCACAAAGAAACUGAAUGUGAUAUUGAUGAUGACUUUGACUCAGGUGAAGAUGUCUUCUAUGAUGCUGAAGAAGCAGACAAGAGUCAACUGGCUUACGUUGACUCGAACGCUGAAGCUGAAGAGGAGGAAGAAGAAGAUGAAGAAGAAGAGGAUGAAGAUGGUGAUGAUGAAGAUACCAGCAGCAGUUCACAUGAACUCUUAGCUGAAACAUUACGUUCAAUUCGUGAACGUAAAUUGUUAAAGACUAAACAAAUUGAAAUAAAACAUCUCAAUUUGUUGAAUACGUCAUGGGUAGAUGGAUCAACCCAAACUGAUGCAAGUCUAGAGACUAGCCAACAUUCUGCUGAUUGUGUUCCUGUUGAAGUAUUAGCCAAUUUGAUAGCUCAAGUCGAAGAAUUGUUGUCACAUAUCUCUGAUGGUGGCCAGGAUUACCAGUCGGCGCUCUCAUUAACUUUACGUCUACAGUUACAGAAUAUGGCUUCUCCUGCCUUGUUAGCGAAUGCUGAUUCAUCAAAUACUUUAAAGCAGCUAAGACGGAAGUCUGAAGAAGUGGAACAAGCAAAAUCUUUUGACACAGAAGGCAGCAUGGAAUCAUAUGACAUCACGUGGGAUGUUGGAAACUCUGAAUGGGACCCCAUCAAGAAACAACAUACACUCCUGUCACCUAUGACUGCUGAGUCAUCUGAAUAUUCCUUCCUUAAUGAUGACAAUAGUCUAUCUCAGAUAAUCAAUCUCAGAAAGAAUCUCGACAUUAAACGAUGGUAUUGCAUGUCUCGACCCCAGUAUCCUUCAUCAGCAGGGAUUUCAGCACUAGUAUCCUGUUGGAAUUACCUAUACAGUACCCUUGGUCAAGGAAACCGUGAUCCAGUAAGUCAAGAGGUUGCUUUAACGAUACUUGGUUAUCAACCACCAUUUUCAGAAAUAGAUUCUCAAGACAUUGUAACGAACCAGGGUUUGAUAAAAUCAUUUCAAAAAUUAAAUGAACAUUUUGAGGUUGCGGGUCGUGGUGGUGUGUUCUUAAAACUGCAAGGAGCUGAUGCAACAAACUUAAAAGAAGAUUAUGCUCUUGCUUUACUCAAGAAAGGACUGAAAAGUAAGCAGACAGCCUAUAUUUACCACUGUGAGAAGCAUUUCUUGUGUCCAAUUGGUUAUGAAAAUACUCCAUUGAGAGCUACUGAUGCAUAUUCGUCUGAUUUAUGUUCUGGUGACCUAGAGACAUGGAUUAUUUUGGGAGACACCAGCAGCAAAUACCCCAGUUUACAGUGUAAGAAGUGGGACCACAUUCUAACAGAUCUCAACUGUAAAGCCCCAGACUUUCUUGAUAUUCGCAGACUGGAAAGAGGGAUUCGUCAAAGAAAAAAUCUACAGAAGCUUUUUGAUAGCAAUGACCAUUGUAUUCUAACAUUCCAGAAGUGCCAAAAUGACCAGGAAAUGGUAGCUGAAGAUGCAGAUGAUGACGAUGAUGGAGAUGAAGAAGAAGAAGAAGAAGAAGAAGAAUAUGAUGAAUCUCCACCACAAGAGAUCAUUGGUUUAAGUGAUGAUGAUGAAGAAGAUGAGGAAGAAGAUGAACAGUGCCUAUUAACUACUACAAGACCUCCAAAAGAAAGUCAGGAUGGUGACCGUUUAGAAAAAGAAGAAGAGGAAUUAUUAGAAGGAGACAUGGAUGCAGAUGAAGAUUAUGAUAACAUUCUCUGAAGCCAAUUCUCAAUAAGUGACUGUAAAUGCACCGUUCAACCGUCAGUGACUUCCAGUGAUUGGAAUAAACUCCAUCCUAAUUUGUAUGCAAGAACACCAAUAAGGAAAUGGUUCUUCUUGUAUUCUUGUUGCAAGGAUAAUAUUGUUUACAAUAUUUUCUUUUUGAAUUUUAGUUUGUAUCAAAGCUUUUAUUCCCCCAGCAAUUAUUAUUUUUAAAAGAAAAUUAAAGGAGAAAUUAUACUAAUUUCUCAGCAAAAAUUUAUUUAAAAAAAAAAAGAAAAUUUAUAAAAUGUAUUUUAUCUUUAUCUUAGUGAAAAAAGAAACAUUCUAAAUUCAUAUUAAUUAAUUUUUUUAUUAAUUCUAAAAUAUUUAGUUUAUUAAUCUGUUUUUAUUGCCUAAAUAAUUCUCUGAUAUGAAGAUAUCUUAUUUCUAAACAGUUUCAUUACAUUUAUUUUACGUAAUUUCUGAAAUACUGUAAUUUUCAUUGAUAUACAUGAAGAAAUUAAUGAUAACUUUUCUUCACUAAAAUUCCCUGAUAUAUUUUUCCCUGCAGUUAAUUUAACUUUAAAAUGGAAGUUGCAAGAAUUUUUUUUAAAAAAAGACCAAAGAAAAAAUUCUAAUUGCAUCAAAGAAAACAUCAUACAGAAAUGAUGUUCUUGUAAUGUCCUGUUAAAAUAUUACAUAUCGAAAUUCCAAAAAUGUCUUUACACUAGAAUAAUUCUACAUUUUCACCCUAUUAACUUUACUUUGUUUCUGCAUUCUACAAUAAGUUUUUUUAUUGGUCUAGUCUUUCAGCUAGGUGGCUUUUAUUCUUUUACACACACACACACACACACAUAGUUGUCCAAUAAGUUUUCAUGUCAGGGAAAAAUAGAACAAGCACUCAUAUAGUAGGUUAUAGCAUGGGUAUAUUAUAUAUAUAUAUAUAUAUAUAUAUAUAUGAGAGAGAGGGGGAGAGGUACAUGUUCAUCAGUAUAUUAGGUUCACUGAGAACCUUUAUUUAUUAACUCCUUAACAUUUAUGUUAUGUUACAGUACUUGUAAGAAUAUAUAAAUAAAUUUUGCCUAAGGAUACAAAUGUAUGUAAAAAAUGGCUACCUGAAAUUAAUUUUCAAAUCUAACAAAUACUGUGGAGCUUGGAAACCUGACAAUAAGGUGCUUAGUACUUUGGAAACUACUUCUUUAGACCAGAAUUAGUGAUGAGAAAUACUUAACAUUAUUUAGCAUAUAUAUAAAGUUAAAAUCUGAAUUUUCUUUGUUAAAUAUAAAUUCAAUAAUAACAAGUGUCAAUACCCUGUGAUGUUUUUAUGUCAGAGAUGAUAAUAAUUUUUUUAAAGUUUGAUAUUGAGUGAAAGGUUAGAUUUUAAAAAGAUAAGUUUUACCUAUUGUAAUGCUAACAAUAUAUUCCUGUGGUGUAAAAAAUCUCUUAUGAUGAAGAAAGGGAAUGCGAAAUGUGUGUGAGAGAGAGAAAUAGAGAGGGAGAGGUUCAAACAAAUUCUGCUGACACAUGUACAUAUAUGUACACUAUUUGGGCACACACAUGUAGACAACAAUUGGCUGUGUGUGUGACAGAAUAGGGAUAUGUUUGUAUGUGCACACAGUAUUAGUGUCCAUAUGUAUGUGUGAGGAAGGUACCAUAUGAUGAAGCUAAAGUUAAUAGGGAAAAAUAUAAUAAUUGUUAAUCAAAAGAGAAGGCAAAAUAUGAGUGAUGAUGAUUGGCAAGAAUAUUUUGCUCAAGCCAGAAUGACAAAACAGGCUUGAAG